GGUUUUAGCGGAAGUGAAGCCUGGAGUCACCGACCAUUGAUUAGCCAUUGCUCUGUUUUCUCAAGAAUAAUAAUACAUUUAAUAUUGUUUUUGCUGAUCAAGUUGCUAAUCGUUUUACCAACUGACAAUUAUGCACUGUCACUAUUUCGUGCUGCUGCUGGCUGUAGGGAUAUCAGCCGUGGAAGUUCAACGACCAAGAGGAGUGCCUUUAUCAAAACGACCAUUCUAUGAAGAAGGGAAGCCUUUUACGUGCCUGGAUGGUUCCCGCACAAUCCCGUUCAACAGAGUGAAUGACGACUACUGUGACUGCCAGGACGGUUCAGAUGAGCCAGGCACCUCUGCUUGUCCCAAUGGCCAUUUCCACUGCACUAAUGCAGGUUUCAGACCUGCUUUCAUUCCUUCCUCCCGUGUCAAUGAUGGGAUUUGUGAUUGUUGUGACACCACUGAUGAGUACAACAGUGGUGCUACCUGUCAGAACACGUGUAGGGAGAUGGGACGUAAAGAGAAAGAAAUCUUUCAGAAACUAGCAGAAGUGGCUAAAGAGGGAUUUUUGCUCAAGCAGCAACUCAUCCAGGAGGCCAAAAGAGGUUUAGAGGAAAAGAAGGCCAAACUGGCUGAGGUUGAAGUCAGUAAAAAGGAUAUAGAGGCUAAGGUUGAGUCUCUGAGAACUGUCAAAGAAGAAGCAGAGAAGCCUGAAAAAGAAGCUAAAGAGCGCCAUCUCAAGGCUUGGGAAGAACAAAAGGCUGUCAUUCGCAUGGAAAAAGACAAGGCUAAAAUGGCUGAGGUGUUUGCUGAACUUGAUGAUGAUGCUGAUGGCAGUGUCUCUGUGGCAGAGCUUCUUACUCACUCUGAGCUUGACCCAGAUUCAGACGGUUCUUUUACUGAAGUUGAAGCUCAGGUCUUGUUGGGAGUGGAGAAAGUGGAUAUAGCUGCUUUUGAGGCUGUUUGGAGUAACAUCAAAGACAAGUACAUUUCUGAGGCCAAACAAGAUAUUCCCAUAGACCCACCACAAGAGGAAAACAAGGAGCCACCAGCUGACACUGACUCUGAGCAAUACCCUGAUGAAGACAUCCCCGAGGAAGACGAUGAUGAAGAGGACGAUGAAGAUGAUGAAGAGUCAGAUGACUAUAAAAGUCCUCCCACAACUCACACUCAAGAAAAGAAGGCUGACGAAGACGACGAGGAAGGAGCUAUGCCACCCUAUGAUGAAGAAACACAGCAGCUCAUCGAUGUUGCUCAGAAAGCCAGAGAUGAAUUUGAUGAGGCCGAGAGAGCUCUGCGGGAAGUGGAUGAUCAGAUAAGAAACAUUGAAAAGGAAAUCUCAUUUGACUUCGGUCCAAGUGCUGAGUUUGGAUACAUGUACAGCCAGUGUUACGAGUUAACUACUGGAGAGUACGUUUACAAGCUGUGCCCCUUCAAUAGAGUAUCCCAAAAACCCAAAUUUGGUGGGUCGGAAACUAACCUUGGGACAUGGGGCAAAUGGGCUGGUCCUGAAGAUAACAUCUACUCUGUGAUGAAAUACGAACAUGGGACCGGCUGUUGGCAAGGACCCAACAGAUCCACAACUGUAAAGUUAACUUGCGGAAAUGAGACGGUCAUAACAGCUACCUCUGAGCCUAGUCGCUGUGAAUAUUUGAUGGAGUUCACCACACCAGCCAUUUGCAAUCAGCCCAAAAAUAUGGACCUGACAGAUGAGCAUGAUGAACUAUAGAAGAGCUCCCACCAAUUGCUCAAUCCAGAGGGACCAUAGUUACUGUAGCAACAAGUUGUGCAACCAAGAAAGACGCCAUCUCAACAUCACUGUCAAUAAAUUAUUCCAUGUAGCUGUAAUUCAUUUCAGGUCUUCACUGCUAUUACAUGUUGUUUUUAAAAUGUAUUAGUCUAGCAUCAUUCCAUUGUUUCCAAUAAAACUUUUUUUAAAUCAU